AAUAUUCAAAAAACACAAAAAAACGACAUUCAAUGUAACCUUUUAAUAGAUUGUCAAUGUCACAGAAUCUUCUGCUGGAACUGAUGUUAUUUGCAUCACUUUUAUUGAUAUCAUUGUUCAACGAAACAAAAAGGAAUGCUAAAAUGAGGACAGUUGAUCACGUCAGAGAUAAUCAUGGCUAGCGAAAAUGGUUGCCCCAUAGAAUUUCAUCGAAUCGACGUGGACAAAUGUGACCCGGUUUUCGACAAGGAGUGCCAAGGUAAUAAAUACAUUCCAUUCCUUCGAGCGGAUUACGAUCGUCAAACCGGGCGCAGUCCUAACAGUCCUCGGGAGCAGAUAAAUAAAGUAACGAGCUGGAUCGACGGUAGUUUCGUCUAUUCGAGUAGUGAGGCAUGGGCGAAUACAAUGCGUACUUUUAAAAACGGCAGUCUUCUCAUGGAACAGAUAAGACAAUUUCCUGUGAGGAACACUAUGCGUGCGCCUCUCUUCAAUCACGCGGUUCCGCAUGUAAUGCGAAUGCUUAGUCCAGAGCGGCUAUAUCUUCUCGGCGAUCCAAGAACGAAUCAGCAUCCACCGUUAUUAUCAUUGGGAAUUUUAUUUUAUCGAUACCAUAACGUCAUAGCCGCUCGCAUACAAAGACAACAUCCCAAUAUGUCUGACGAAGAAAUUUUUCAGAAGGCUCGUCGAAUAGUCAUUGGAACGAUACAGAACAUAAUUCUUUAUGAAUAUUUGCCGGUGUUGUUAAACGAGAACCUUCCAUCCUAUAUUGGUUACAAACCGGACCUACAUCCGGGUAUCAGUCAUAUAUUCCAAAGCGCCGCUUUCCGUUUUGGUCAUACUCUUAUACCACCAGGCAUUUAUCGGCGAGAUAGAAACUGUAACUAUAGAAAAACUAACACGGGUCAACUAGCAAUAAGAUUAUGUUCUACUUGGUGGGACUCAAACGCAAUUCUAGCUAAUAGCACUAUUGAAGAAUUAAUACUGGGUAUGGCAUCACAAUUAGCAGAAAAAGAGGAUAAUCUUCUCAGUACUGACAUUCGCAAUAAUCUGUUUGGUCCCAUGGAAUUUUCGCGCAGAGAUCUUGGUGCUCUGAAUAUUAUGCGUGGUCGAGACAAUGGUCUGCCAGAUUAUAAUACAGCCAGAGUGCAUUACAAAUUAUCGCGACGGAAAACUUGGAAUGAAAUCAACCCGGAAUUAUUCAAUAAGAACCCGUCGCUGUUGCGCACACUUGUUGAAAUUUAUUCUAAUAAUCUCAACAAUAUUGACGUUUAUGUAGGUGGUAUGCUCGAAUCUAAAAAUGGCCCCGGGGAACUUUUUACUACAAUCAUAAAAGAGCAAUUUCUCCGUUUGCGGGAUUCUGAUAGGUUUUGGUUUGAGAACGAAGAUAAUGGGUGA